AUGGGUAUAGGCAUGGAGCCCAGAGGAGUCGCGGCGUGCGGGACGGUGGCCUUCUCCUGGGAGCAGGAGCCGGGGGUGUCCAAGGAGAGCCCGAAGGAGGCGGAGGCGCGGACGCACCAGCUGCGCGUGCCGCCUCCGCCGGGAGGUCCCGGAGCGCCGUCCCUGUCGCCGCCGGCGAGGAGCAGGUCCAGCAAACGCGGCGUCCGGCCGGAGGAGGACCCGUUCCUCGCGGCCUACGUCGCCUGCACGGCCAGCGGCAGGAAGACCGGCCGGGGCCACAACGAGGCCCAGAAGAUGCUCGGGUGGGCCGGGCUUAGGUUUGCUCUUGGGCUCGGCCUCUCUUGCAAGACCUCUUGUGGUGUUGCAGAGGAGAGCGUCGUCAGACUGGCUAAAAAACCCUGA